GCGCCGCGGCAGGUGCGGGCGGGCAGGUGCGGCGCGGCGGGCCACUGCGCCUGCAGAGCCAGCCUGUGGGCGCAGCCGCCUUCUCCCCGCCGCUUCUACCUCGGGCAUGAGUGAAUAGCCAGUUCGCCAUGAGCUGUGACCCCGCUGGCAUUCCCAGUGGCCCCAUGUCCCUCGUUCAGGAACUAUCAGCUUGGUUGCCUCUCCGUUUCUGAUGUGCUUAAUCCUCAUGGAGCUACGAUCGUAACCAUGGCAACCCGGGUCGAAGUUGGCUCUAUCGCAUCCCUGAGGGCGGGGCCCGGCCUCGGUGACAUCAGCAGGGAGGAAACCCUGAAGAGGACCUACUUUUGCCAGGCUGGGGACAUCCCUGGGGGGCCUUCCACCAGGAUCCUAGGUGUAAAAAGCCCCCUCCAGACCCGCUCAUUCCCACUACCCAUUGCUCCCAAGCCUUUUUGUAAGGAACAGGUGCCUGAGAGGAAGGAUCCUGUCAAAUCCUCGUGGCCUGGCGCCACCCAGCCCUGUCCUUCAGCCCGGACUGCCAAGGAGGAAGCUAAAGUGGACUUGGGUAGAAAGAUGCCAAGCUUAGCUGGUGAGGAGGCAGGCAGAGGGGAGGCCCUGCAGAAUGGCCCGUCUGCCCCUAACAAAGCCACGUUCCUGAGAUCUGGCCCCAGCACCGUGGGCCUCUAUGAAACAACCAAAGCCGAACCCAGCCUGGGCAAAGGAACCAGUGAGGAGAGCCGGGAGGCCAGCUGCCGGGCAGCCCCAGUGUCUCCCUUAAGUGCCAGGCCUGAGGUGGCCACCAAGCCUGCCCUACCCGCUCGAAAGCCCCCAGUGACUCUGCCCCGACCCACCUCCCUGUCGCAGGACCCGGGGUCCACCGUAUCUCAGGGCGAGGCAGGCCGAGCCCAACCUUUGCCAAAGGCCCACAGUGUGGAGGACCCCGCUGGCCAGGCUGCGGAGGCCAAGCCUCACCCGAAGAGACGGCCCAUGUCAGCGGUGUAUACCGAGUACCUGCAGCCCCCAAAGCCGGGCUCAGGCGGCGUGGCAGUCCCCGGCAAAGUCCCGCCGACGCCUCCGGAGAAGUCGUGGGUGAGGAAGCCCAGGCCUCUGUCUGUGGACCUGACGUCCAUCUUUGAGAGUGGAGACGCACUUCUGAGGAAGGUAGCUAGCGAGCAGAGCACAGCGGAGCGCCAGGGCCCAGAGAGGCCAAGCACGGAGCCCAGGGGCGAUGCGGAGACCACCGCCCGCAUGGAUGCCGCGCCUCAGGACCCUGAUGCGGACUUCCAGGACCUGACCAAGAGGCUCCGCGCACGGAGGCAGAUCGUUCUCAAGCAGACAGAGACUGACAGUCCCAGGACUCCGAGGGCCAGGGCUGCCCCUGGGGAUGAUCAGAGUCCCCGGGAAGAGGAAGCCAGGUCAGCCCAGCAGUCAGAGAAGGUGCGGGAGCCCCCUUCGCCCAGGCCGGGAGGAGACCUGGGGCUGACCGAGGUCAAGGGUGGAAGGUUUGACCAGGAGGCUUCUGCGCGGCCGGCAGAGAGGAAGCCCGCAGGGAGUGUCAGGAAGCGCCUCAGUCUGUUCGGAGAAGACAGCGCCGCAGUGGCCUUGGCGGUGGGCUCCGAGCCCACCCCAGUGACCCCGGAGUCCCCAUCCGCGGCGCCAGAGCCUUCCAGAGCUGGAGUGAACGUUCAGGCUCGGAUCAAAGGCUGGACAGUGGAGAACACAGGGGAGAAGCCGGAGGUCAGGAGAAGGGCAUCCCAGGCACGGCCAUUGCCUGCGGAUUUGACCAAACCGUUCUCGUCGAGGUCGGCGUCGAGCACUGAGGUCGGGCACGAGAAGUGUGCCAUGCUGGGUGGCGAGCUCCCUGGGGACAGGAGAGAAAAGCUUAAGGAAAGGCAUGGUUUGGAUGGAACCUCUGCCACAAAAAGUCCCUGGAAGUCUGCGGUUCCCCAGAAGUCGAAGCAGGCAGAGCUCAAAGAUGCCUCUGACCAGGAGGACCCUGGCAGGUGUCGGAGUGCUCGCUCAGCGGCGGGAGACGGCGGCCCUUCUGAAGUCAGUCCAGAAGAUGAUGGAAGCUUCCAGAAGGUGUGGGCCACAGUGUUUGAGCAUCACGUGGAGAGGCACACAGUGGCCGACCAGGCAGGCCAUUGUUUCUCGACCACACCCCCUUGCGAUGUGGCCGACCUGCCGGUUCCCAGACCCAGGCCUGAGAAUUGGCCAGGGAAGGAGCCACCCGGAGUGACAGACAAGAGAGACCGCUCCAGAUGGUCGGACCAUGCUGACCUGGGGAUGUUGGGGCGAGCUGUGGAUGUGGACUCGAGACAGUAUCCCACACCAGUCCCCGAGAUACACCCCGUGGAAGAGAGGCCCAGUCGCCCUGUCCCGCUGAGGCAUCUGGAAAGUCCCCCUGUGUCCCAGAGGGUCCAGCCCAGGUAUGACGUUGUGCAUGCCGCGGGGGAGCGUGCACACAGUGAAGCUGUGUCCAGGGUGCCUGAGGAGAAGGCGGUGACCCUGCGCAGUAGCAGAGCCCGGCUCUCACUGCCCGGCCGGCAGUCUUCACAGGAGGUCAGCCCUACUUACGUGGCCUGUUCUCUGCAGGCGAAUGGGGGUGCCGUCCAGAGGGCAAGUCUCAUAUGGGAAGCUCGGGGUAAGGAAGGCAGUGGACCAAAGCUUGACUGUCAACAGCCAAGGGAUGAAUUUGGGGGUUCUUGCCAGUCUCCCAAAUGGACAGGAGGGGCUGUGGCAAGCUGGCACAGCAGCGCCGUGGUCAGCAAAGAUCUCAGUACUGCCCAAAGGGGUUCAUCCUGGAAUGUCUCUUCAGAUCCUCCAUCCAGGGCCAACAUUGAGCCCCGUGACUCCCAAGUGCAGGCAGGGCGGGACUCAUCAAUCCCGCAGAAAGGUCCCCUCGUGGUUGCCAGUGAGGAUAACCCAAGGCUGGCCCAGGUGUCCCAGCCCGAAGUCAGAAUGCGGAGGUCCAACCCUUCGGAGCCGAGGGUGGACAGGCUGAGGCGGCGGACGCUGCCUCACGAUGUGAAGUUUGAUUUGUUCAACUUCCCUGUGCCAGAGAGCGCUUCCAAAAGGCAGCAGAGACCAGCAGAUAGUCCGACCUCCCCAACCUGUGCCUUAAAGAGACCUCCAUUGUCUCACGAGCAGGCACAAACUCAGGAGGUGACACCGGAUGCCUCUCAGGGCAGGACAUUUGUGGCGGAGAAGCGGGGGCCACCAGCAGAGUCCACUGCAACAUUCUUUGCAGUGACUUAUCAGGUUCCUGAUAUUCAGAAGGCCAAGAGUGUGGUUAAAUCAGGGCCUGAAAACACGCCGGAACCUUCCAGAAAAACACCACCUCCUCUGUCACCUCGCUCUGUCGUGCCUGUUUUGGCUUCUCCUGGCUGUGAAGAGCCGUGGUCUCCUGCCAGCAGUAAGGGCUGCGCUAAGCGGGGAGAGUAUGAAGAAGUAUGGAACCUUUCAAAACACCCAAAGUCCACAGACCAGCUGACGCGGUCUGCAGGGGACAGGACUCCCGAUCCUUCCAGGGACAGAAUCAUUGAUGUGGACGCGCUGUGGCUUCACCGAGGGUCAGAAGAUGGUGCUGUGAAGGACCGCAGGAUGGGGGCGUCCUCAGGCAGGGAUGCCCCACAGCAGACAUCCCCGGCCCUGAGGCAGCGGCCCAAAAGCCUCCUGGUGAGGAGGAGAACAGAGGUGAUCAGCGAAACAUUCCCGGGGAAGAUGAGAGAUGGCUACAGGUCUGUCAUCCUUGACCUGGACGCUCUGAUGGCUGACUACAAGGAGAAGUCAGGCAGGAUUCCGAGCAGGGCCCAGGAGCAGCAGGACAGCCCUUCGGCGGAGCCCAGCGGUUCUCCUCAGGAGAGGUCAGGUUGGCCCAAGGAAGCAGAGUGGAGACGGAGGAGCCUGAAGGAGGUUCCGCAGUCAGAUGGGGUCGGUGUCGGGCAGCAAGCAGGGCCCUCUCUGAAAGCUCUCCACUCACCAGGCCCCAGCAAGCAGCCAGCAGAGCCCCUGGGGACAGCCACGCCCACCAAGUCCAGCCUGCCUCUGUGGGCACCACCACACUCCGCUUCUGAGGAAAACUGUCCCUCACCUUCUCCCGCCCCUGCUGGUUCCAGGAGAAAAUCUCUAGGCAUCGCUGAGUUUGAAAGCAAGCCCUCUUCCGGUGAGCACCAGGGUACAAGACCUAGGCAAAGUUCAGUCAAGUCCCAGGAGCCAGGCAGCGGGGACCCCGUCUCCCCGAGGUCACCUCCCUCGGACCGGAAGAAAGGGACUCCAAGGAGAUCCACUGUUCAGGGAGUGGAAGGCACUGAGGUGCCGUGGGGGACCCCCCCACGCGAUUCUAGUUGUUCACCACUGGACAUCAAGAGGGCCUGCUCAGAGAAGGGCCCACCGGCCAGGGUCCGGGAGGGCUUGUCCCUCAUGCACGACGCCAGGCAGCGGAGACGAGAACAGCCCAAAGGGAAGCCGGACCUCCCCGCCGAGACUCCCAAGGCUGCCGCGGAACCCUGUGAGAGGGAUGCGAGGAGGCCGGAAGGCCCCAAGGCGCCUGCGCAGAACCUGGAGCGGAGGGACGGCCGGCAGGACGGCCAGCAGCCUCCCCCGCUGUCCCCCGUUGCCUCCGUCCCCAGGCGAAGUCACAGCUUUUGCAAGGACAAGAGGAUCUUGGUGAACCAGCUGAAGCAGUGUUUCUCCAGGCGAGCACCCGAGGCCAAGGAUACUGACACCCUCGUGCAGGAAGCUGAUAGCCAGUAUGGGACCUGGGCAGACCAGCACCAGAACGGGGGCAGUUUUGGCCCCGAGUCUCCGUCUCCCGACAGCAGCGCGGCGUCUGCAGGAAAGCAGCCUCCAGGCAGCCAUUUGUCCUCAUACACCGAGUCCACAUCGGUGGAUCAGCAUGACAGCUCCAGGGACCGGCGCAGCUCCAGCGUGGACCGCUCCAGUUCCGAGCUGGAGUCCACAGAUGGCCCGGAGGGGCCACCUCCAUCAGACGUGUGUGCUGCGGAGGGAGACGAUGAUUUCUCCUUCAUCCAUCAAACCUCAGUCCUGGACUCCAGCGCCCUCAAGACCCGCGUGCAGCUGAGUAAGCGGAGCCGACGCCGGGCGCCCAUCUCCCACUCGCUCCGGCGCAGCCAGUUCAGCGAGUCCGAGAGCCGGUCCCCUUUGGAAGAGGAAUCACAUAGCAUGUGGAUGUUCAAGGACUCCACAGAAGAGAAGUCGCCCAGGAGGGAUGAAUCGGAUGAAGAGCCGCCCAGGGUGGAGAGGACCCCUGUCAGCCACCCGCAGAGGAUGCCCGUGUUCCCAGGCCUGGACCCGGCUGUGCUGAAGGCUCAGCUGCCCAGGAGGCCAGAGGCGGACAGCCCUGGAGAGCCUCUCAGCUGGACACCCCAGCCCAAGAGCCCUAAGUCGCCCUUCCAGCCUGGGGUGCUGGGCAGUCGGGUGCUGCCUUCCAGCACAGAGAAAGAGGAGAGGUCUGAGGAGCGUUCACCCCAGUGGCUAAAGGAGCUGAAGUCCAGGAAGAGGCAGAGCCUGUAUGAGAAUCAAGCUUGACCAGAUAGGAUAUCACUACACCCGCGAACUCAAGCCUUAACCUAAGCCAGACGUCUGAACCCGAGGCCCAGCCACCCACCGCUCCCUGACCACCGCGCUCACGUGCCUGGGCCUUUCCACCCUGAAGACACUGUGCUGAGCCACACCCGGGUCCCCACUGGAAGACCCUGUCCCGGGACUCGGUCCGGUCCACAGAAAGAUCUUUCAGCUCUCCUUAAAGAAGUGCCCAGGCCUGUGGAUCAAUCGGCCUUUGGGGUGACGGUUGCCUUCCUGCCUUCUGCGUUUGCCUCACCAGGCUCCCUGGGCUGGGAAACCCCGUUCUUGGGCCCCUCCCCCAGCAGCCCUUGGGGAAGGACUUCAACAAGCAAGCUUGAAGGGCCUUGGGUUUGCCACCAUCCCGGGUCACCAUGCAGACAUUACACUGGUGUCUCCCGGGUUGGGUUUGAUUUUUUGUUCCCCCUUUUUGACAAGAUCUUUUUUCCCCACUGGGAACCUACAUUCUGAUUUAUAAGCACAGCCCCGCCCCAUCCUGUCCGUACCCUUUUCCUUCCUGUGAGGCCCUGUGCAGUUGGCCUGGGUCUUGCCGCUUUUGUGUUUUAGAAGGGGAUAAAGCAAUAACGCAGCCAAUCUUCCCUGAACCUUGACACGCACUUAACGUCUCAGCAUUGACGGAAGGAAGAGGCAGACAGUGUCCGGUUGCCUCCGGUUACCCGAUUGCUCGCUGUCCAAGCCUACGACAGCUUGUGACUUUCACCCUUGUCCACUCCCGGGUUGCUCUGGUCUCCGGGGGCGACCUUUGCCCCCAGUCUCGGACCUCGGUUGGAACUGCCCGUGCCCUGGCCGUUCACAUACGGGACCUGCUCUUUCUGAACACCCAUAUCCCGCUGGAGAGAAGACAUAACCGACUCAGCUCGGAACAGGCGGCCCCAGCCCCGGCCCUGCCUUUCAUGGCCCACCUGGCCACGUGAUCGCCAAGGUCCAUGUGGAUGUGGCUCUAACUGAAAGGCCCCUGUAGUGGGAGCCCCAGGCCGGAUGCUGGGCCACAAGGUCUACAGUGUCCUCUGUUGUGCUACCUGCAUGCUCUCUCCAGGGACUCUCAGAGCUUCUGUCCUCCUGACACCUGCUCUCAUUUCCUUUCCUUACGCCUUCAAGGUGACAUCAGAAGCUUCCCCCCCCCACACACCAGUGGCCACCUGGGACACACCAGGCCAGCUGCCCGCAGCACGCCGGCAGCUUCCAGAGAACUUUUUCCAACCUUGCCUUGGUGACAUGCGUGGUGGCUUCCCCUCUGUCUGUUGCCUCUGCUCCCUCUCGUCAGCCCUCUCUGCCCCGUUUCCCCUUGGAAGGGUGUGCGGUGGGGGUGGGUGGCCAUGCUUGGCGUGUUUUGUAUUAGGACAGUCACCUGUGCCUGUGGGCUGAGGUGUCCGGCAGGCAGCAAGGAGACUGAAGGCCCCACCCGUGCCCCACCCUGGGCUCUGCUUACACACAGGAGCCGCUCAUUGUCUGUUUACCUCUGCCCCACUCCACUCCCUCUUCCUUCCCUGAGCUAGUGGUGAGCAGACAUGCUGCUCUGAAAUCACGAGGGGUUCCGUCUCCCCUCAGAUGCUCCUGCGAUCCUGUUUCCUGUUCCGUCUUGUUUUAAGAUCCGUUUUGUAUUCUGCAGCAGUUUUGACCUAGUCGCUUGCCAGGGACUUUUCCCCACAAACACAGUAGCAGGGUGAGUGUAUGGCUCAGAGGACGGAGUGUGUGUCUUGUGUAUCUAAUCACACAGACGUGGGAGUGCACAUCUGUGUGAUUGUAGUACCUGGCGGAUAAAGAGGAAGAAGGGCAGUGGCUGCUCAGAAGACUUAAGGACAGCCUUGGCUAUAUAAGAAAGCUGCAGGCCAGCCUGGGCUAUGAAACACACUCAGACAGAACAAAGCAACAUUCUGCUCAUGAUUUGAGUCUUACUUAUCUUGACUCCUUCCUUCUGGGGAGUGGGAGCCUCAUGUUAAAAUACAGACCAAGGCAGUGGGAGGUGCUCCCGGGUGGCAGGAAGUGCUCCUGUCUUAAGUAUCGGAAGGCACAGUGGAAUCGGAAUGAGCUUGCCUUGUCUGGUUACCUAACCCCUCAUGCCUGAUGAGAGAUCAGCUUGAUUCCUUAUUAAGACCCGCAUACGGACCUCAGCUCUGGCCAGGGCAAACUUCUACAUCUUCCCCGACAGAACCCAAGAUCUGACAGUCUCACUGGGUCGGGAGUGUCCCACUGCAAAUUGGCUGUGUCCCUGCUGCUUAGAGUGGACCUAGGCAGCCCAGCGAGCAGAGGCUCGUGCUGUGGAUCCUUAGUCGAGCUGAGCGACUGGUUCGUUUAGUUCUUUUAAAACCAGGUGAGGUUCCGGGGCCAAGUAGUGUGCUGUAUGCUCCCCAGGACCCUCCAUUUAGAGGAACCUGAUAUGCCUUAAUCGUAUGUGUACCUCUCGCACCCGCAGUCCCUUCCCUGUGCCCUCCCUCAUGGUGACUCUGGCAGAGUCUCACAUAGUCUCCAUCACCACCCCUUUGCCCAUUGGCAUUGUGACAUCUGACCUUUGGCUAUGCCCCCUCCCAUCCGCUAGCUAGGCAUUCUCCUGCAUAGUCCCUGGCCUCACACACAGGCUUUUGCCCUGUGAAAUGGCGUGGCAUGGUGCUGUCGGGCAUUCUCAGCCCCAGCAGAGAAACUGGGUGGUCCCGGAGAGUAGGAGCGUCGUGUGAACUGUAUCUCACGCCCCCGGGUUGGAUGGCUACAGGGACAGAUGGGAUCAGAGGGGUUUGUGGGGUAGGGGAGCAAGGCCAGGCUUCUGUCUAGAUGCCCAUUUUCCUUCUACAAGACAGCCACCUCCAGGAAGCAACUGCUAAAGCAAAGAGUUGGAAAUAGACCCAAGUCCUCCAUUUAGCUGCUGAACAGGGAUUGGAAAAAUGCUCGUGUGAAUUCCAAAGGAAACUCAGUUGGUCCUGGUGUGUGUUGUUGGGUAAGAACUACUCUGUCAAUCCUGGCUGUACAGCCACUCAUCCUGGUGCCCACAGACCACACCCUGGAUCUAGGUUUGAUUGAAAAGUGAAAAGCCACUGCACCCUUGUUGAUACCCAGCCCUGGCAAACCAUUUGUGCGACGACGACGGAGACGCCAGGCCCUCCGAUGUGCCUUUGCUCCGCCCCCAUCCGUCUAUAGGGAGCGGAUCUCCAAAUGCCCAGGUUCCUGGCGUUGCUGGGGACUAGCAGGACCUACUCUGCGUCUCUGAGCUCGCUGUGGCCCCAAGCCCCUCAGUGAGAGGACCUCUGUUGACCUUUCGGGAAGGUCACCACUCUGGAAGCCUGAAGCCGUGGCAGAAGGCAGGGUGAUGUGGCUUCCUCUGUCCCUGCCCCUACCCCGUGACCACCUCGUUACACCCUAGGGCAUCCCUUGUCUCUGUGGCUCCCAUAGUAAAGGGCACCUCAUAGCCUGCACCCUUCACCCCCCAAGAGUCUCCUUCAGCUGUUUAUGUCACCUGUGCUGUGACAAUCCCUGGCAGCAUCGAGCCAGCUACAAAUCUGUUAUCCUCUAGAGGACAAUCUGCUUUUUAAAUGUCGUCCCCCUGUCGCCUUACAGAAUCUGUUAUAUGGGGCUCGCAGAGAUUGUCUAUUGAUCUACAGAAGGUGUUUGUACCAAACUGUUUCUUACUCUGUUCUAGAACGAUCACGGUCCUCCUCAACACACUCUGUAUGCUGGGGUGGGAGAGUGGAAUAUAUAUGUGAAUAUAGGAUAUAUUUUCCUAGCCGUUCCUCUGGGUCCUACCUGGGGUGUUUGCAUCGCAGUGGGGAGGGACUCACAAGGUGCGCAUCCCGUCUGCAACAUUCUGACAGCUGCCUUACCAGUCCACAAGCUGCAGGACUUCUGAGUGACGGCAGAUGGUGGGCACUGUAGCUGGUCCCAGGAAGAACCUAACUGCGUGACUGAGAAUUCAUCUAUUAAAAAAAAAACUAUAUUUUUACUGUCCAAACAAAUGGGCUUCCCGGACUUCACAGAGGCCGGAUGUCCCCUGUGCUUUUAUAUUUUGUCACUGUAAGAGGUUUUCUGGCAGACAAGCAGGUCAGGAAUCCAGCUGACUGCACUGAAUGGGUGAACUCUGCAUGUGCAAAGGGGGCACACCCAGACUCCAAAAGUAGUAAAUAAAAGCUUUCCUGUCAAUGGUGACUCUGA